UAUGAACUACAUACUGGAGGUUUCUGCAGGUUAAUUUAUGGUGUUUUUAACUUGUAUGACUGACUUUUGAAAACCUGCAAAUGGCGACGCAGAGAAGAACGCUUAGAAGAGACUAAAUGAGUGUGUGAUUAAAAAAAAGGAUCUGCCUAAUUUCUCUUUAGGGCUGGAAAAGAGGGCUGGUGAAGAACACCUAGACCAAAGGAAAAGCUUUUUGCACUCGGCAUUAAUGCAACCAAACUCAAGUUUCUUCCAGAAGACAAACUUUACACUUUAGAAGACAUGCAUAAAGGGAAAGUGCUUUUUGUAGUAGACUAAGUGGCUCAGGAAAUUGCAUCAUAUUAGCUAUAACCUGAAGAAAAAUCACAGCACACGACUUAUGCGCAGGUAGUCUCAGCAACCUUGAAGUGGGAAAAAAAGAAAGAAAAUCACACCUAAAGAAACCUAAGGAAGCUCAGGUGAGGCUGGAGAAUGGAUCUGUUCAGAAAGCUGUGGGCGGCGAGGAAGCUGAUUCUUGUGGUCAUGAUCCCUCUGUCCCUGCUGCCUCUGCCUCUCAUCCAUCCAAGCAGUGAAUCCUCCUGUGCCUAUGUGCUGAUUGUGACAGCAGUGUACUGGGUGUCAGAGGCAGUGCCUUUGGGGGCUGCAGCGUUGGUGCCGGCAUUCUUAUACCCACUCUUUGGGGUUCUCAAAUCAAGUGAGGUAGCCUCAGAGUACUUUAAGGACACGACGCUCCUGCUGAUGGGAGUUAUCUGCCUGGCUGCUUCUAUAGAAAAGUGGAACCUGCACAAACGCAUUGCUCUGCGCAUGGUUAUGAUAGCUGGAGCCAAACCUGGAAUGCUGGUGUUAGGAUUCAUGUGCUGCACUGUUUUCCUGUCAAUGUGGCUGAGUAACACCUCCACAACAGCCAUGGUGAUGCCUAUUGCUGAGGCCGUGCUGCAGCAGCUCAUCUACACCGGCAUCGCCGAUUCUCACGAUGAUUCGGAUACUGUGGAGACACAAGAGGACGAAAACGAUAAAGAGAAGAACUUGAGCAAGAAUCACCCUGAGCUUUCAGACUGUGACAACAGUUGUGAGAAACUAGAGAUUUACACAGUUUCUGAGGAAGCUAAUGGUGUUGCAUUGAAGCCAGUUCAGGGAACAGACUUUCCAAAGCAGACUAAUGGACAUCUACCUGAGGUUUCAGUUGAUGUUCCUGUGCCAAAGAAACCCAAAAUCAAGAGGGACUCAAUGUACCCAACCAAGAGGGACCACAUGAUAUGCAAGUGUCUGUCUCUGAGUAUCACGUACGCAGCUACCAUCGGCGGCCUCAUCACCAUCACCGGCACCUCCACCAAUCUCAUCUUUGCAGAACAGUUCAACAAUCGAUACCCAGAUGCCAAAGUCAUCAAUUUUGGAACGUGGUUCAUCUUCAGCCUGCCUAUUGCUCUCAUUAUGCUGGUGUUAACUUGGCUCUGGCUCCACUUCCUGUUCCUUGGAUGCAACUUCAGGGAAACUUGUUCUUGGAGUAAGAAACGCAAGACCAAGCGGGAGAUUCUCUCUGAGAAACGCAUCCAUGAAGAGUACCAGAAGCUUGGUGCCAUAAGUUAUCCAGAAGUUGUGACGGGAGUCUUCUUCAUUCUGAUGACCUUGCUGUGGUUCACAAGAGAACCGGGAUUUGUUCCUGGCUGGACAGUCCUGUUUGAGCAGCAAGGCUACAGGACUGAUGCCACAGUCUCUGUGCUGCUUGGCUUCCUCCUCUUCCUCAUCCCUGCACGCAAGCCCUGGCCCUGUUCAUCUUCGAGCAGAAGCACAGUGACUGCUUGCGAAGAGGACAAGGAGGAUGAAGAGGAAGACCCCUUGGCACCCAUGAUCACGUGGAAAGACUUCUUGAGACUGAUGCCAUGGGAAAUUGUGAUUCUGGUUGGAGCAGGAUAUGCGCUGGCAGCUGGGUGUAAGGUGUCGGGUUUGUCCAUGUGGAUUGGGCGUCAGCUGGAGCCGAUGAGCGGCUUGCCACCAUGGGCCGUCACUCUACUCGCUUGCUUGCUCGUGUCUGCUGUGACUGAAUUCGCCAGCAACCCUGCCACUCUCACUGUGUUCCUGCCCAUCCUUUCUGCUUUGUCAGAGACUGUGCAGAUAAACCCCCUGCACACUCUCAUCCCCGCCACCAUGUGUGUCUCCUUCGGAGUCAUGCUGCCUGUAGGAAACCCACCAAACGCCAUUGUGUUCAGUUAUGGACAUCUGAAAAUCAGCGACAUGGUUAAGGCUGGUUUCGGGGUGAAUCUGAUUGGAGUUUUGGUGGUCAUGCUGGCUAUAACCACAUGGGGAGUCCCGCUUUUCCAGCUGACGGAGUUCCCUGCCUGGGCAGUAAUGAAAAAUGUAACUGAGGGCUUGUAGGCACACGUGGGAAAGAGAGUUGCUGAAAUGACAGAAAGGAAUGGACAACUUUUUAAAUAUAUGCCGCAAGAGGCACAUUUUUCUUCUUCUCUCAUUGCCUCUGUUUGUGCUCCUUGUGUUUGCCUCAAGUGAAUGAUAAAAUAGAUAAAAUGCCUUGGGAAACAUGGGAAAUAUGAAGACCUCUUCAUGGUUACCACCCUUUAUUUGAGGGCGAUGCAAUUUUCUCUCAAACUUGGUUUUCAAAUAAAUGAUAAAUAAUGCAUUUAUACGGUCAGUGAAGUUCACAGUUCUUUAACAUAGAUCAGUGCAGCAUUGUGUUGUGGUUUAGUUUCAACCUGUAAAUAACGGCUGAUGUAGAAAGCGUGGAAGCAGCUUUUAUAAGGUGGAUGGAAAAACGUGUUCUUUGUUGUAUGAUCUCACACUGCUACUGUAAUUCAUUCAAACAACAGUCACACAUUGCAACGUUCAAAACGUCAUAAAUCACUGUAAAUACUUGAAACUGUUUCAUUAUGUACUACAUGAUAGGACAUAUUUGCAACUGACAUCUUUACAAAGCAUAAUAAAAUAAUAACAACAUAAAA